UCUGGAAUUCAGGCACCACUGGAUGAAAAUUCAACACCCCUGGAUUGCUUAUUGACACUGCUGACAGCUGAUAUCAUUGACAGCCUUGUUGAAAACAUAAAUCUUUAUGCAGUGGAAAAAAUAAAGAAAAAUGUACCGCUGAGAAAAAGAUAUACAUUUGUAGUGAUAGCAAUGGGAAAUAAACCAAAACAUUACAUCAAUGAUUACUGGUCUACAGCAAACCACAAAUUCACACCAUGGUUCAAGGUAAUGUUUCCAAGAACUAUGUUCUUGCUUGUUUACCAGUCAAUGCUGCAUGCAUCAGAACCCAACGCACAAGGCCAAGCAAAGAUUGAGCCAUUUAUGAAUAAUCUAGUAGCAAAGUUUCAGCCAGCAUUUUACCCAUAUGAAAAGCUUUCUGUUGAGAUGGUGAUUGGUUUCAAAGGCAGGUUUCAUGCUAAACAGUACAAUGCAGCCAAGCCUCAUAAGUAUCAUAUAAAGACAUUUGGUCUUUGUGAUUCAAUCACAGGCUAUGUUUUUAAUCUGCUAAUUUACUUUGGAACAAAAACUGCCUACAAUCCAGAGCUUGAUCCAACAUCAACUCAUGCUGUAAAAGUAUUCUCAACCCUACUGCAGGGUGUUGCAAGUUACCAUCAUCUAUUUACAGAUAGAUUUUAUACAUCACUCCCUCUCAUACAAUUUCUUUUAUCCAGGAAAUUGAAUUAUACUGGCACAGUGAAUACAAACCGCAAAGGAUUGCCGCAGCAGCUAAAGCAACAACCAACCAUCUUUGGAACCUCGAGAUGGUUAGUUAAUAAUGAGCAGAAUAUCCUUUGCGUUUCCUGGAGGGAUAAAAAAUCCCAAAAACCUUGCAUCCUACUGACCACAAAUGGAAGUUCUAAAUUUGAGGAACGCCAGGAAGGGAGUCGAAAGGUUCAGAAACCUAGCCCCAUUUACUCAUACAAUAUGAGUAUGAAUGGCUGUGAUCGUGUAGAUCAAAUGAAGUGGUGGAAAAAGGUUUUCACGUGGAUCGUGGAAGUGACGCAGGUCAAUGCUCACAUCUUGUACAUGUUAUCCCAUCAUGCUGCCCCUAAGCGAAUGAGUCUCACACAUUUCAAAGACGAGCUCAUCCAGCAACUAACUGCGCUCUCAGGUCAUGAAGUUUCAACAGACAUGAUCAUUGCUGUGGCUCGCAGACCAGGCAAAAGGCCAGCCUUGACUGACAGUUUUGUUGGGGCAGACCAUUUAGUUGACUAUGCUGGUGCAGACAGGCAAUGUGUACAGUGCAGCAAGAAAAAGAUUCAAAAACGCAGCAGGUUUUACUGUGUUAGAUGUGCUGACAAGCCUCAUCUGUGCCCCAAUGCAUGUUUUAGGUGGUUGUAUUCAGGAUCAAUAUCACCAUCAUUGUCAGAUAAAUAG